AUGGCUUCCAUCCGCGUGCUGUCGUUCGAUGCUGAGGGCCGCCCUGUGCGGUUCACCGCUUGGCUAGAUGACCUGCAGCUGUUCCUCCUGAGCGAUAGCAAGGAGCAUGUGUCGCUCUAUGAUUACGCGUCUGGUGCUGCGCCUGCCCCUCCUGCCACAGCUGAGCUUAGUGUUCGUUCCCACUGGCAGACUCGUGACGCAGCUGCUCGCCUAGCCAUUCGCAGUCACCUGCCGUUAGCUGAGCUAGAGCAUUUUGGCGACUGCAAAUCCGCUAAGGCCCUGUACGACGCUGUCGUCGCUCGCUACUCCUCGCCUGCCACAGCCGAGCUUAGCCGCCUCAUGCUGCCGUACCUGUUCCCCGAUCUGUCCACCUUUACUACAGUCGCCGAUCUUAUCACCCACCUUCGCACUAGUGAUGCUCGCCUGCGUGCCGCCCUUCCCACCGAGUUCUGCGCUAAGAACCCCCCUCCACUGUACUGGACACUCCACUUCAUAGUCACCCGUCUCCCUGACACCCUCCGCUCAGUUCGAGACCACUUCCUUGCUCGCUGUCCCACUGAGCUCACAGUCGCCCUCCUAGAGGAGCACCUGCUCGCGGCCGAAAAGAGCAUUGUAGCUGUCGGUGCUGCUCGUGGCGCUCCUCGCACCCCCAUCUUUGAGGGGUGUUCUCCCUCUCCCCUCGCUCCCUCCUACGCUGCUGCUGCUGCUGUUGACUUCCUUGGUGCUGAGUCUGUUGGCGCUGCUUCUACUCCUGGUGGGAGGCGCCGCACCGGCAAGGGCAAGGGGGGCAAAAGUGGUGGUGGUGGCGCUGGGGGGGGAGGAGGUGGGGGAGGUGGGGGGGGAGGCGGUGCUGGAGGGAGCGGUGGCGGGAGCGCUGGUGGGAGUGGGGUCGGUGGUGGAGACGGGGGCGGCGGAGGAAGCAGUGGCAGUAGUGGCGGCGGCGGCGGUGGCGGCGGUGGCGGCGGUGGCGGUGGUGGCGGUGGUGGCGGUGGCGGUCGGAGCGGUGGUAGUGGUGGCGGCGGAGGUCGGAGUGGAGGCACUGGCUCGGGCCAGAGCUCCCAGCAGCAGCAGCGUCCCCAGACGACCCAGCAGCUUCGUGAGUGGCUUGCUCAGCGUGGGACGUCGGGGGCCAGUGCCCGCUGUUCUUAUGUCAUUCGCACAGGUGACCGCAAGGGACAGACGUGUGGGAGGUUCCACACCCCGUACCGCUGCUUCUCCCGCCUUGACGACGCUUGGCGUGAGGAGAUGGGUGCGGAUGUUGAGCGCCCCCGCUGGGCUGAGCUCAUGAGGGCUGGUGUUGAUGUCUUUGCUCUUGACUAUGAUGCUAUUAUUGCUGCCAUGUAUGCAUUGACUGUUAGUGCCGAGGGAGACUGUUACUUGUGUGUGCCGCCUGACCCAGGUAUAGAGCCUGCUGCCCUGGGUACUAGUGAGUCUGCUCUCUCUGGUAUGGUGCCCCCUGUACUUGCUCCCCCCAGUGCUGUCCCGGCUGGUUUCGAGUCUGCUCUCUCAGGUACAGCACCCACACAGACUCCUCUCUCAGGUACCGCACCGGCUGAGGCCUGUCACACCUUCACCCUUGACUCAGGUGCUUCCCGUUGCUUCUUUCGUGACAGUACUGAGCUCACACCGCUUCCUGCACCGGUCCCAGUCUCCUUGGCUGACCCCUCUGGGGGCCCAGUCCUUGCCCAGUCCACCACUGUCCUCCCUUGUCCGGCGGUUCCGUCUGGCUCGUUGUCGGGUUUCCACCUCCCCUCGUUCUCGACGAACCUGGUGAGCAACGCUGUCCUCCAGGAUCAGUGGGUUGACACCUUUACCCCUGGCGGACAGCGUGUGGCGAUCUGCACGUGCUCCAGGACCGGCCGUCACCUGGCUACGUUUACCCGUCGGCCGGGGUCGAGUCUCUACACACUGACCACUGCGUCUCCCCAGGUAGCUGCUGUCGGUCAGGUGUCUGCGUCAGGUCUGGUGGCCCACGCCUGUGAGUGUCGUUCCCUGUCGCACCAGACUCUUCUCUGGCACCACCGCCUGGGUCACCCCUCCUUGCCACGCCUUCGUGGCAUGCACCGUCGCCUCCUUGUGUCCGGUCUUCCCAGGUCCCUCCCUCCCCUCCCUGCCUCGCCUGCGCCGCCUUGUCUUCCUUGCGUCGAGGGGCGCGCCGCUCCUCACUCCUCCUCGUUCCCCCCGACAGAGGCUCCUCUGGAGACCCUCCACCUGGACGUGUGGGGCCCAGCCCGCGUUCGUGGUCAGGGCGGUGAGCGGUACUUUUUGCUGGUUGUCGACGACUACUCGCGUUACACCACGGUCUUCCCCUUGCGCACCAAGGGUGAGGUCCCUGCUGUUCUGAUCCCUUGGAUCCGCACGGUUCGUCUCCAGCUCCGCCGCCGUUUCCGGACGGAUCUUCCUGUCCUGCGUCUGCACUCUGACAGAGGUGGUGAGUUUUCCUCCGAUCUCUUGAGGACCUUCUGUCAGGCGGAGGGCAUCGAGCAGACCUUCACGCUUCCGGACUCCCCACAGCAGAAUGGGGUUGCUGAGCGUCGCAUUGGCCUGGUCAUGGAGGUCGCUCGUACCUCCUUGGUCCACGCGGCGGCUCCCCAUUUUCUGUGGCCGUUUGCUGUCCGGUACGCCGCGCAUCAGCUCAACCUCUGGCCCCGUGUCUCCUUGCCGGAGACCUCGCCCACACUGCGUUGGACGGGGGAGGUUGGCGAUGCGUCGCGCUUCCGGGUGUGGGGUGCUCGUGCCCUUGUCCGCGAUACGUCUGCGGACAAGCUCUCCUCCCGCACGCUUCCCUGUGUCUUCCUUGGCUUUGUCCCUGACGCGCCUGGCUGGCAGUUUUACCACCCCACCUCGCGCCGGGUCUUCGCCUCUCAGGAUGUCACCUUUGACGAGUCGGUCCCUUUUUACCGUCUCUUCCCCUACCGCACUGCCCCCCUCCCUCCCCCGCCGCUUUUCCUUGCUCCUGGUCCCCCUCCGGUAGACCCCCUUCCCCCUCAGGGUCCUGCUCCUUCAGGUGUCUCUCAGGUAGACCCUCCUCCCGUCGCUGAGCCUGUCGAGGUCACAGGUGACUCAGGUGCUGCUGCGGGUGGUGCUGCUGGGAGUGCUGAGCCUGGGGGUGCUGAGCCUGGGGGUGCUGGGCCUGGGGGUGCUGGGGCUGCAGGUGCUGGGACUGAGGGUGCUGGAGCUGAGGGUACGGUGCCUGAGAGUACGGAGCCUGGGGGUGCUGCGCCUGGGGGUGCUGAGCCUGCGGGUGCGAGGCCUGGGAGUGCUGGGACUGCGGGUGCUGGAGCUGAGGGUACUGUGCCUGAGAGUUUGCCGCCUGGGGGUGCUGAGCCUGGGGGUGCUGCGACUGGGGGUGCUGAGCCUGCGGGUACUGAGCCUGCGGGUACUGAGCCUGGGGGUGCUGCUACUGAGCCUACGGAGCCUCGGGUUACUGUGUCUGGGGGUGCUCCGGUUCGGGGUGCUGAGCAGUCUCUCACACCGCAGCAGCUUCGUGACUGCACUGCGACUGGAGCUGCUGGAGCUGGGGACUCUGGCGUUGGCGGUGCUAGCGGAGUUGGAGCUCCCGACUCUGGGGGUGGCGCUGCUGCUGGUGCUGCGGACCCACCUGGUGGAGCUGCUGCUGGUGCUGAGGAGUCGGACGGUGGAGCUGCUGCUGGAGCUGGGGACCCGGCCGGUGGAGCUGCUGCUGGUGCUGUGGACCCGGACGCUGGAGCUCCUACUGGUGCUGAGGACCCGGCCGCUGGAGUCCCUUCUGCUUCUGGAGACGCUGCGCGGCCGCGACCGUACUUCGUACCGCUCCUUCAGCAGGUUCUUGGGCAGGCUCCUCCUCCUUGUCCUCCUCCCUCCGUAGAGUGUCCUCCGCCUGUCCAGCCGCAGUCACAGUUACCGCCUGCCUCGCCUCUCCCUGCUCCCUCUCCUUAUACUGGUCCCACAGGAGGUCUUACAGAGCGUCGUGAGCCUGAGUCUCGUCCUGCGUCGCCUGUUCGUCCUGCUCGCACUGGUAGUCGUGUCCGUCGUGAGCGUCCUCCUCCUGUCCCAGGCACUCACUACAUGACUCUGCGUCCCUCUACUGCUCCUCGGCGUGUCCCUCUACCGUCUCCUCCUGCGUCCUCUUUGCCUGCCGUUCCGGACCCUGAGUCUGACCGGUAUCGCGCUGAGCACCCUACAGUCACGCGUCUCCUUGCUACUGUUGUCACUGACCCCACCUUUGAGUCCUCGGCUGCGUCUGCUCUGGUCGCUGAGUUGGUUGACUUUGCUGCUGCCUGUCGUCUAGACUACGCUGCUAGCCUUGUCGCUGAGUCAGAGUCUGCGUCUGUCUGUCCUCCGUCCGUCGGGGGUGAGUGUGCUCUUGGCACGGACGUCCUUGAGGACAGGCAGGAGGACUUUGACUCACUUGCGGCUGCUGUACCUCAUCUCGUGGCCUGGUUGCUUGCCCCUGAGGGAGACCCGGAUGCAGUAGACAUCCCCACUCCGCGCACUUACGCAGAGGCGAUCUCGGGUCCCUACUCCUCUCAGUGGCAGACAGCCAUGGACGCAGAGAUGGCAUCCUGGAAGUCCACAGGCACCUACGUCGACGAGGUUCCCCCUCCUGGGGCGAACAUCGUCGAUGGCAUGUGGAUUUUCAGGGUGAAGCGGCCGCCAGGUUCUCCGCCUGUCUUCAAGGCUCGUUACGUUGCUAGAGGCUUCAGUCAGCGUCAGGGGGUCGACUUCUUCCAGACCUUCUCCCCCACCCCGAAGAUGACCACUCUUCGGGUUCUGCUGCACGUUGCUGCUCAGCGUGACUACGAGCUUCACUCUCUUGACUUCAGCACAGCGUUCCUGCAGGGCAGCCUGCACGAGGAGAUCUGGCUGCGCCGCCCACCUGGCUUUACUGGGUCGUUUCCCCCUGGUACCCAGUGGAGUCUCCGCCGGCCAGUCUACGGUCUCCGCCAGGCGCCACGUGAGUGGCACGACACACUGAGGACUACUCUUGCGGCUCUUGGGUUCGCGCCGUCUACUGCUGACCCGUCGCUGUUUCUGCGCACAGACACGUCGCUGCCGCCGUUCUACAUCCUCGUGUACGUCGACGACUUGGUCUUUGCUACUGCUGACACUGAGGCACUCGCUCGUGUGAAGUCGGAGCUGCAGAAGAGACACACCUGCACUGACCUGGGUGAACUGCGUAGCUACCUUGGCUUGCAGAUCACCCGGGACAGAGCUCGCCGCACCAUCACCCUGACUCAGUCACACAUGGUGCAGCAGGUCCUUCAGCGCUUCGGCUUCCAGUUCUCCUCACCACAGGCCACACCUCUGGCUACCAGCCACUCGCUCUCAGCUCCACCUUCGGACGAGUCCGUAGAGCCGAGUGGCCCAUACCCAGAGCUUGUAGGCUGCCUCAUGUACCUGAUGACUUGCACGCGACCUGACCUCGCGUACCCUCUUAGCAUCCUUGCUCGUUACGUUGCGCCUGGGAGACACAGGCGAGAGCACUGGGAGGCUGCUAAGAGGGUGCUGCGUUACCUGUGCAGUACAUCAGGCAUGGGGCUGGUGCUUGGAGGACGCGACAGAGUUGUCCUCACUGGUCACUCGGACGCCUCUUGGGUGGACGACCUGGCUACGCAGCGGUCGUCACUGGGUUACACCUUCAGCCUUGGCUCUGGUUCUGUCUCGUGGCGGUCCACCCGCUCUUCCUCUGUUCUCGGCUCUAGUUGUGAGGCUGAGAUCUACGCCACAGCCAUGGCUGCACAGGAGUUACGCUGGCUCACCUACCUGCUGACUGACUUGGGAGAGCGGCCUAGUUCUCCUCCAGUUCUGUACGGUGACAACAAGGCGGCUCUUGCCUUGUGUCAGGAGCACAGACUGGAGCACAGGACGAAGCACAUUGCUCUUCGCUACUUUCUUGCUCGAGAGCUUCAGCAGCGCGGUCAGCUUCGGCUUGUGUACGUGGACUCGAAGGCCAACACUGCUGAUAUCUUCACCAAGGCGCUCCCGCCUAGUGAUCAUCAGCGGCACUGUACUUCUUUAGGCCUUGUGUCCACGUUUCCUCACUUGCUCACUACUUGA